AAGUAACUGAGAAGAAGAUAUUUUGAAGAAGGACCUAGCCAUGGGGUAUCCCAUAAAUGUUUUUGCUUGCCUCUUAUUAAUGCUGAGUUCUCAAGUGAACAGUGGACUCAUAAGGAAAGUCAUCCGACACAAAAGAGACACCGGAUUCAAUGUCACCUUACCUGAAGACAAUCAACCAGUAGUCUUUAACCAUGUUUACAAUAUUAAAGUUCCAAUGGGCUCUCUGUGUUCUGUAGACCUGGACCCAGAAGGUACAUCUGAAAACGAGGUCAAGCCGAAGACAGAGCUCGGCAAAAACUAUCAGGAGACCACGUUAGAUGAAGGAAAUCAGAUUGUUUUUACACACCGUAUCAACAUCCCAAGACGGGCAUGUGGAUGUGCAGCUGCCCCAGAUAUUAAAGACCUUCUCAGCAGGUUAGAGGAAUUGGAAAACUUGGUGUCAUCGCUACGAGAGCAAUGUACUUCGGGAGCUGGGUGCUGUUCUGGUUCACAAACCGCUCAAGGUAAGAUUAACCUCUGCGGCUGCAUUUGUGAGCCUGGGUGGAAGGGACCCAACUGUUCUGAAGCUGAAUGCCCGGGAAACUGCAACAACCGGGGAAUAUGCGUGGACGGGAAAUGCGUCUGCAAUCCGGGUUACACCGGAGAGGACUGCAGUGAACUGACCUGCCUGAACGACUGUAACGACCAAGGGAGAUGCGUCAACGGCGUCUGCGUUUGCUUUGAUGGCUACGGUGGGGAAGACUGCAGCGAGGAGGUCUGCCCUGUGCCUUGUGGUGAACACGGGAAGUGUGUCAACGGCCGCUGCUUGUGCAGCGAGGAUUUCACCGGGGAAGACUGCAGCGAACCAAAGUGUCCAGGCAACUGCAACAACCGCGGACGUUGCGUGGACAACGAGUGCGUCUGCGACGAGCCCUACACAGGGGAGGACUGCAGUGAACUGAUCUGCCCCAAUGACUGCUUUGACCGCGGCCGCUGUGUCAACGGCGUGUGCUUCUGCGAGGAGGGAUUCACCGGAGAGGACUGCGGAGAAGUGGCUUGUCCAAACAACUGCAACAACAACGGCUUGUGCGUGAACGGAGUGUGCGUGUGCAACGAAGGCUUCGCUAGCGACGACUGCGGCGAGUUAGGAUGCCCCAAUGACUGCAAUGACAGGGGUCGUUGUGUCAAUGGCGUGUGCAUUUGCAAGGAAGAGUACAUAGGAGAGGACUGCGGCGAGCUCAGGUGUCCAAACGACUGCAACAACAGAGGACGCUGCGUUAACGGACAGUGCGUUUGCGACGUGGAGUACGUCGGAGCUGACUGUGGUGAUCUCAGAUGCCCCAAUGACUGUGACAAGAGAGGAAGCUGCGUCAAUGGGCAGUGCGUGUGCGACGAAGGCUUCACGGGCCUUGACUGUAGCGAGCUGAGGUGCCCCAAUGACUGUGACAACAAGGGCCGCUGCGUCAAUGGGCAGUGCGUGUGCGACGAAGGCUUCAUGGGCCUUGACUGUAGCGAGCUGAGGUGCCCCAAUGACUGUGACAACAAGGGCCGAUGCGUCAAUGGGCAGUGCGUGUGCGAUGAAGGUUUCACGGGUCUUGACUGCAGUGAACUAAAAUGCCUCAAUGACUGUAACAACAAGGGCCGCUGCGUCAAUGGGCAGUGCGUGUGCGAUGAGGGAUUCAUGGGAGACGACUGCUCGGAACUUAGGUGCCCCAAUGAUUGCAACCACAGGGGACGUUGCGUUAACGGCCAGUGCGUCUGCGACAACUUAUUCAUAGGUGACGAUUGCGGUGAACUGAGAUGCCCUGAUGAUUGUAACAACAGAGGAGUGUGUGUCGAUGGGCAGUGCAUAUGCAAUGAAGGAUUUGUCGGGGACAACUGUGUAUCACCACCAGAAGACCUAGUUGUGACAGACGUAACCACCCAAACGGUCAAUCUCGAAUGGGCCAACAAAAUCAAAGUCAGCCGAUAUCUGAUCUCAUACACUCCCACAAGUGUGGGAGGGCUAGAGCUCGAAUUCAGUGUGCCUGGAGAGCAAACCACAGCCACCAUUAAGGAGCUUGAACCGGGUGUGGAGUACUUUGUCCGUGUCUAUGCUAUCCUGAAAAACCAGAAGAGCAUCCCUGUCAGUGCAAGGGUUGCAACACACUUGCCCACCACAGAUGAUCUGAGGUUUAAAACCGUAAGGGAGACCUAUGUAGAUGUGGAAUGGGAGCCGCUGGAUAUCCCAUUUGACGCAUGGAAACUGAUAUUCCAGAACACCAAAAAGCUAAAUGGAGAGAUAAGCACAAGCCUGGAAAAAUCGGUCACCUCCUAUACACAACAAGGACUUGCCCCCGGAGAGACCUAUGAAGUUUCAAUCCAUGUAGUGAAGAACAACACGCAAGGACCGCCUUUAACCAAACUCACCACAACAAGACUGGAUGCCCCCAGUGAAGUCGAUGUAAAAGAUGUCACCGACACUUCCGCACUCAUAACAUGGAUGAAACCCCUGGCACAAAUCGAUGGAGUUUCUCUCACCUACGGAACAGGAAACGAGCCCAGAACCACCGUUGAACUUUCUGAAGAUGAAAGCCAGUUUGCCAUGAAUGACCUACGACCUGACACUGAAUAUGAAGUCAUAUUAAUAUCCCGACGUGGGGAAAUGACAAGUUCUCCUGUCUCAGAGACCUUUACAACAGAUCUGGAUUCUCCAAAGAACCUGAAGAAGGUUUCCCAAACCGAUACCACUAUCACGCUCGAAUGGAAGAAUACCCAAGCCAACGUGGAUUUCUACAGGAUUAAGUUUGCCCCACUCUCAGGAGGUGAUCAUGAAGAAAUAACUGUGCCCAGGAGUAAUCUAGCUACCACCAAGGCUACACUUACAGGUCUCAGGCCCGCAACUGAAUAUGGCAUCGGACUGACUGCAGUUAAACAGGACCGAGAAAGCUCUCCAGCCACUAUUAAUGCAGCAACAGACUUGGACGCUCCCAAAGAUCUAGAGAUCGCCAGCGCCACAGAAACAACCAUGAACUUGCGUUGGAUAAAGUCAGUAGCCAAAAUCGAUCAAUACAGACUUGUGUACACACCAAUUGGUGGCAGCCAAAGUGAAACUCAGGUUCUAAGAGAUGCCAAUUCCUACGUACUGACCGGGCUGGAACCUGGUAAAGAAUACAGCAUUUCACUCGUUGCUGAGAAAGGCCGACAUAAGAGCAAACCGGCAUCUGUGGUUGGACGCACCGAAAUUCUGCGUGAGCUGGGCGACUUGGUGGUGUCCCAAGUGGACUGGGACUCUUUCAGGCUCACGUGGAUGGCGCCAGACAACAACUAUGAGAAAUUUGUGAUUCAGGUUCACGAAUUAAAGGACGGAGAAGAACCACAAGCCGUCGAGGUUCCUGGAGAACUUCGCUAUCUGGAAGUGCCGGGCAUGAAGCCGGCCACAAAAUAUAACAUCACGUUACACGGGGUGAUUCAGGGACAGGUCACCAAGCCUCUCUUUGGAGAAGCUGUUACAGAAAACAAGCCAGAAGUAGACAACCUUGCCGUCACCGGUGUCACACCUGAGAGCUUUGACUUGUCCUGGACAGCCACACAAGAUUCCUUUGAUGGAUUUGAUGUAGAGGUUACUGAUGAGGACAGGUUACAGGAGCCAGUGAAAUUUAAUGUCCCUGGCAAUCUCAGGAAUACUUCCAUCUCAGGUUUAUUACCCAAUACUCAUUACACCAUCUACCUCUAUGGUAUUAUUCACGGUCAACGAAUGCAACCUAUUAGGGUCUCAGCAACUACAGAAUCGAAACCCGAAGUGGGAAACCUCGAAGUUUCCAGUGUGACCCCUGAGGGCUUCCAAUUGUCAUGGACAGCUGACGAGGGCGGUUUUGACAACUUUAUCAUUAAGAUGCAGGACGCCAAACGCCUUUAUGAGCCGGUCGUUUUUAAGGUGCCGGGCAGUGAGCGCACGAGCACCGUGACCGGGCUGAGAGAUGGCACUGAAUAUGAGAUUGAGCUGCAUGGUAUGGCUAGUGGUCAGCGCUCUCCGCCGGUAAACGGAAAAGCAACAACAGGUUUGGGAUCUCCGCAGGGGCUGUCCUUCUCUGACAUCACCGAGAACUCUGCCAAGGUGAUCUGGUUAGCUCCAAGAAUCCGGGUGAACAAGUUCAUCAUCACAUAUGUUCCCGUGGCUGGAGGCGCCAGUCAGACAGUUGAAGUUGACGGAUCAAAAACACAAACUACGUUAGUCAACCUCUCGCCGGGAGUUAUAUACACUGUGAGCAUUGUGUCCGUGAAAGGAAACGAGCAAAGCCAACCAGCUUCUGGUUCUCUGACCACAGCCCUCGACGGCCCAUCAGCUCUUCGUGCCAUCAACGUCACGGAGUCUGAGGCUCUGGCACUGUGGAAACCUUCUUUUGCCUCUGUGGACAGUUACGUUAUCUCCUACUCAGCCAAGAACGCUCCCGCCGUCGACGUCACAGUUUCCGGAAACACAGCAGAGAACGACAUUAUCGGACUUCAGCCGGCUACAGAAUACACCUUAAAGAUCUACGCUGUUCGGGGAUCACUUAAGAGCAAGGAAAUCUUCACAACGUUUACAACAGCAUUGGAUGGCCCUAGAGACCUGACGGCGAGUGAAAUCCAGGCUGACUCAGCUCUGGUCACGUGGAGACCCCCAAGAUCCAUUAUCUCUGGUUUCCUGCUGAUCUACGAGUCUGUAGAUGGAACAGUCAAGGAGGUUGCUCUGGGGCCCGAUGCCACCUCAUACCGGCUGCUGGAUCUCAGCCCGUCUGCGCAAUACACCGUAAGACUGCAGGCUAUAAACGAUAACGUCAAGAGCAAAUUCAUCCAAACCGUCUUCACAACAACCGGGCGUCUCUACCCACUGCCUAAAGAUUGCUCACAAGCCCUUCUGAACGGAGAAACCGAGUCAGGAAUGUACACCAUAUAUGCCGAUGGGGAUCAGUCCCAACCCAUGGAAGUGUACUGCGACAUGAACGUUGAUGGCGGAGGAUGGAUUGUGUUUUUAAGAAGAAUUGAUGGUUCUGAAGAUUUUUACAGGAACUGGAGGGCAUAUGCUAGUGGAUUCGGAGAUCCUUCAAAGGAGUUCUUCAUGGGUUUGGAAAACUUGCACAAAAUCACCUCGCAAGGACAGUACGAGCUCCGCGUGGACCUUAGAGACAACGACGAAACUGCUUAUGCUGUUUAUGACAAGUUCAGCGUUGGGGACUCCAGGAAGCGGUACAGGCUUUCGGUCAGCGGCUACACCGGCACGGCAGGAGAUUCGAUGACCUAUCACGACGGACGCUCAUUUUCCACAUAUGACAAGGACAAUGAUUCUGCCAUUACCAACUGCGCCCUGUCCUACAAAGGAGCCUUCUGGUAUAAGAACUGUCACAGAGUGAACCUUAUGGGCAGAUAUAAUGACAACAGCCACAGUCAGGGCAUCAACUGGUUCCAUUGGAAGGGUCACGAAUACUCCAUCCAGUUUGCAGAAAUGAAGCUCAGACCCGUGAGCUUCAGAAAUCUUGAAGGAAGAAGGAAGAGAGCGUAAUGACUUAAUAUCACCCCGUGGCAACAACAUGCAAGAAGAGGCACAGAGACUGACUGUGGCAGCGCAGAACAACAGCCAGCCCACACGCUCCUAUCACAUAGCUCAACCCUAAAAAAGCAAAAAACAACAAAGUGUCUUACGGAAAUACCACAAUGUCUUAAGUACGCCAUCGCUUGAAGGAGCUGCCAAUCAUUUUUUUUUAUGCCCCAACAGCACCAAAGACUUUUGACACAGCUAAGUGUGCUUACGGCAUCAUCGGCUCGCGAGGCAGGCGAGAAGAAUGGGCGCCAAUGUUGACCGGAACCAUGAAAAAAAUAUGAAGUGUACAGUAGUAGUUUUAGAUAUUGUCAUAUUUUUAAACAAAAGCUAUUGUGUAAUUUUUUUUUGUCUUAAGAAUGUUUUAUUUGGUGGGUUGGGUGGCUUUUAUAUAAAAAGAAAUAAACACAUUACAAUAUAUUAUGUAUCAAUAUCAAAUCUGUUUCUG